GCUGUCGCUUGUGCUUACCUGUUGUUCGCAAAUUCGUUUUAGCGGAGGGCGCGAGAAUCGAACUCGUCACCUUGGACAAGGUGAAAUUAUCUAUAAUAUCGCAUUAUCCCCUAUCACGGGGCAAAUAAUUUCUGAAAAAAGCGAAGCAAGGUACCUACUCAUCAAUACUUCCUUGCUGCAGAGGUCCGGAGUUCGAGUCCCUGGCGUGGAGAUGGAGGCUCCGCGGCAGCAUUGUUUCUUCUAUCUCACAGUUGUGAUUCUGAGCUGGUGCUUCUGUACUUGCAGUGCACACAACAUUACGAAGGUGCUGGCAGGGCACCCAUCGCUGGGGCUGUUCAACGAGUACCUCACGAAGACAAGGAUCGCAGAUGAUGUAAACAGUCGAUCUGUGGUUACAGUCCUCGCAGUCUCCAACGCAUCCGUGGAGGCCAUGCUUAGCCGAGGUCACGGGCUCCAAACCCUGAAGCACGUUUUCACUCUGCACGUCCUGCUGGACUACCUCGACAAUGCGAAGCUGCAUAAUAUUCGGAAAGGCACCAUGCUUUCGACCUCGCUCUUCCAGGCGUCGGGAGCCGCGAAAGGAAUGAACGGCUUCAUCAACAUUACCGACAUGAAGAAGGGAGUCGUAGGGUUUCGAGCGGUUGCGGAUGGCCACGGUUCGAACCCUGAUGCUUACUACAUGAAGUCGAUUAUCUCAGAACCCUACAAUCUUUCUAUUGUGCAGAUUAGCAACAUGAUCGUGCCGUCGAGAAUAGCCGAAGCGCCGACGGUAGCUCCCGAGGAGGUGAAUAUUACUCAAAUUUUGAUACGCACCGGCCAUGAAACGUUUGCUCGCCUGCUGAACCAGACCGGCGUGCUGAAAACCUAUGAAGAAGUCCUCGCCGCCGGCGGCCUUACAGUAUUUGCCCCAAAUGAUGGUGCAUUUCGCGGAAAAUUGAUCAAGAAGUUCAAAGCCCUUCCGGCGAAUCUUCAGGCAAAGCUGCUGGAAUACCAUGCGCGGGAGGGUUACAGCCCCUUAGGGACGCUGCGCUCUUCUAGAGCUAAUCUUACAACCCUAGCCUCUGGAGGUCGCCUGCGCUACUCACUUUCGGUGAGUAAAAAUGGUGAAUCUUCUGCAAAGGUGCACAGCGGUGUCAACACUGCGGUUAUUUCAGGAACCCUUGUUGAUGAUCAACCACUGGUCAUUUUCUCCAUUGAUAAGGUUCUCCAGCCUCUUCAAAUAUUUGGCACUGUUCCGGGUCCGGCUCCUGCCGAAUCUCCAGCUCGGGCAUUUUCUCCUCCGGCGCCUCCCAAGGAGGAUUCCGUUGUUCCGGCGCCGGAGCCUGAUACCGAUUUGGCAGCCCCGGACAAAUCCAAGGCUAAUCUUAACGCCGGGAAAUUGUCGCCUGCCGGAAUCGGGAUCGCUGUUCUUUCGCUAGCAGCAGCUCUUGGUCACAUGUAGACAGACGGCGGCUUACCUGAAGCGCGGCGUGGUUCCUCAUCGGGUAGCCGUAUGUGUCUGUAUUCGAUGUAUUUUUUUAUUCCAAGAAUUUCUUUAUUUUUUCUUGUAAGUUUCGAUUUUUGUGUACCAUUUGUCUGUGGUAGCUUGUACGGCCUUCCUGGUUUGAUUCGGAUUCUCAGAUUUAUAUAUAUUUUAGCCGUUUAAGCGACAGAUGCUAUUUUAUUUCUCAUCCCCAGAAGAAUUGGAGCAGUGCCCAGAAUUACCGUCAAUUCGGGUGCUUUUACUUCUAACUGUGGAUAUCAUGGGCAAGAAUAUCGCGCUCUGUAGAUUUGAAGCUCCUUUCUGUCGAUUUCAUUCCCCACCUUUUAAUUUGUUUAGAUCUUGGUCAGCAAGAAUUCUUUAAGUUAGGGAGACCAUGAGAUCUGGGAGGAUAUCACAGCUUUGGAGCAUUUAGUGUUAGUGGAUCUCACUAACAAAAUAAUGUUAUACUAUUGGCAAUUGAUAGCAUAUACCAAUUUAAUAAAUUUAUGCUGAACACUAUAUAUGAGGAAAAAAAUGAGGGUUCAGUUUAGAUUUGAUCA